CUGUAAAGGAUAUUUUAGAUUUGUUCAAUCAUCAACUUUUCUUAAAAACAGUAGGGCCAAAAAAAACUAUACCAAGGUAGACAUAUUAGUAUUUAUUUUAGACUAUCAACAUAAUUUCACGGGACUCCCCAAUUAAGGUGUUAAAUGUAAGAUUCACAACGGUACCCUUUCAUCAGACAAAGGUUUAACCAGUCCGUUUUGAAUCCAGCAUGAAAUUCUUAAAUAUAUAUUUUAAACUGCAGCUCAGAUAAGAAAAAUUACAGAAAAGAUGAAUCUUAGAGGUGCAGUUCCACGUGUCCUAGAGAUAAUAAUCAAGAUUGCUUGUUAUGCUGCUUUCCUGUAUUUUCUCAUCAAAGCACUCUUAGACUUCAUACAGCGUCCUACCAACAAAAUUCUAAUUCUGGCUCCGCCAUUGUUCCAGGACUAUCCUCAGAUUGCAGUUUGUGAUCUAGAUAAGAACCUGACCAGCUUCAAGAAACCUACUAAGGAAGCUAUGAAACUAGAGUUAAAUAAUCUUUUAUCAUUCAUAAAAGUGUCAUACAAAAUGAAAAAUGGGACCAAGAAAACAACUGAUGUUACAGCUAUGGUAGACGUGGACAAUGUUCUUGUUGAGAAUGUAUACUGUCCUGUGUUUUCUAUUCCUCAAAUACCUCUGGAUCCAAAGAUUUAUGACCCACUAAGCUUAACAUUAGAACUUGUGAAGAAAACGUUAGUCCCUGAUGAAAUCUACAUUUACAUUUAUGAAAAAGAAAAGUUUUUGCUUCAUUCGAAUGAAAAUGAGAUAAGUCCUUUGAUCUACAUGAAUACAAUCACAGCUCUGGUCUCCAACCUGGAGAUGAGCAAGAUUACUGCAGUACCUAGAGAUCGCACCCUCUCAACAUUUCAGACACUUUUAGGUUUGACUAUCAGUCCUGACUGCGACCCCAGCACCACAAGGGAGUAUGAUGAUGAAAUGUACAGUUUCAUUUUUAAACAAAUAGAGAAUAUAUAUAGCUGCAACGUUUUUCAAGAUAGCUUAAGUCCUUUGAGAAAUUGCACUCCAGGAGAACUAGUAACAUUCUCUGAGACAGGACCGUCCAAUUCUGAUGUUGUAACCCAGGAUCCAAAUCUUCUCCUACCCUGCACCUCAACCAUCUACUAUUUUAGUGGAGUUGAGAGUGGGUUUGGUGCCGAGAACACGACAACAAUUCCUUCAUUCAGCAUAGUUUUCCCUCGGCAUAUUAAUAGUCAAACUGAAGAGGUCAAAAUCUUGUUCCUGGAUUUUCUGGUUAACGUAGGUGGAUUCCUGGGUCUAUUUGUUGGAAAGUGUGUGUUAGAUCUAGGAUUCAUCAUUUCUAACUUGGCUAAAUGGAUCUUGCAGAAGAAAUAAACAGCACAAAAGCAAACAAAAAUGUUGACCUCAUUCAAAACAUGUUACAUUUACAAUAUUGAAAGUAUAGAAUAAAUUCUGGACAUUUUUA